AAUAGUCACUGAAUGCAAAGAGGCCUACACAGGCGUGAGGGGUGUCACCCUUUUUCUUAAAUCUAGAGAGAUUGAGGUGUAUCACUUAAUAGCGGUAUUUGAUAGUAGGCCUAAGAGGCAAAAUUCUACCAUAGAAGUUGAAGCAGAGACUUUGGUUGAAGAGCAAUGAUCUUAUUCUACUGUGCCUGUGUGUUUCUCUCCCGACCAGUCAGUCAGACAGUCAGUCACCCAGCCCUUGCGUAUCCAAGGAGAUGUAAAACGCUGGCGUCAUCACGCUCUACGUGACAUCCUGGUUUAGAAAAUCGCUGAGCUGUAUGCCAACUGGAUUAUGGGAAAGACCUGCCAUGUCCCAUGAAACAUACUUACAGAUUGAGUAAAUCUACUCUUGUGUUGACGUAGCUCAUCUAAAACUACUGACUGGCGCACAAAGCUGGAUUCAAGAUGGCGUUGCACCUGCUACUACAGUCUUAGAUUAUUCAAAACGAAAUCAAAAUAUUGCCCUAGUUAAGGGCACAAGCCGAAAGUACGGGUAGGUUAUUUUACGGGUGCUUGCUGGUCCGGUUUUUAACUAAAUCACGAGACGGCGACGCUGUCCAGCUGUGAGACAAAUGUCAGCAGAGGAGCUGUCAACAUCGGACAGCGAAGCUGUUGUGGCUGGUCAUGGAGAGCGAUGGGCUCCUGUUGGAGCUGUGGCCAACCCGGAGGAUGAACGAGGGAAACGGGACUUGCUGGAGCCCAGAAGGUCAGGCUCGCUGCCGGCCAGUGAAACUGAUAUGGCUGCCAGGCUGCGGAAACUGGAAGAGGAGCGAGAACUGUCGAAUUCCUCGCUUCUCGCCCUUACUUCACACUUUGCACAGGUGCAGUUCCGACUGAAGCAGGUCGUUCAUGCACAGAACGACGAGAAGGAGAGAAUGCUCAUCGAUCUCGAGGAGUUCGCUUUCAAAGGUUGUCCGCAUGUUGUUGGCUGUCGGGCAAAGGAUGCGCAAAUGCUGGAGAACUCGAGUGAGCGGGAGAAGAGGGAGCGCUUGGAGGCCCAGAGAGAGAAGCAGAAGGAGCUGAUAGUGCAGCUGAAGACCCAGCUGGAUGACCUGGAGCGCUUUGCCUACCAGGAGGGCAGUUAUGAUUCCGUGCCUCAGUCAGUGGUGAUGGAGAAGCAAAGGGUGAUCAUUGAUGAACUGAUUAAAAAACUGGAUGUGAAUCUCAAUGAGGACAUUGGGCAGCUGAGUCCAGAGGAGCUGAGGCAGAGAGUGGACGCCGCCAUUGCCCAGAUCGUCAACCCGGCCCGGGUCAAAGAGCAGCUGGUGGACCAGCUCAAGACCCAGAUCCGAGAUCUGGAGAUGUUCAUCAACUUCAUCCAAGAUGAGGUGGGAAAUCCUUUACUCUCUGAUGGUCAACACAGCCAGCAGGCUGGGACGUCCCAACCCAACUCCAGAGGCCCAGGGGGGAGAAAGAAAGUGGACCCCGAGCAGGCCCAGAGGAUUCGUGAAACUGGCCUGCAGCUGAUCCAGCGUGCCUUGGCCGUCCUGCAGAUCUUUGCCGUGAGCCAGUUUGGCUGCGCCGCGGGCCACGUGCCCCAGACCCUGUGGUCGCAGGGCGGCGAGGCCAGCCACCCGGACUACGGCCCCCUGCUGCAGCGCCUGGAGGCGGCCGUGGAGAGCGUGCGCAUCCAGGCGGCCGGCCGCCAGUCGGUCUCCCAGGAGGAGCAGCACAUGGUCAGCUACACGGUGUGCCUGUCGCCCGGCGGGCCGCGCGACGAGCUGACCACCGCCGUGCGCAAGGACCUGGCCAUGGCCCUGCGCGACCUGCUGGCCCACGGCCUGUACGCGCCCUCGCAGGGCAUGAGCCUGGUGCUGGCGCCCAUCGCCUGCCUGCUCCCCUACGGCCCCGGCCAGGCCAAGAACAUGCACCCGUGGGAGCUCUUCGUCAAGUACUACCACUCCAAGGACGGCCCGGCGUUCGUGGAGUCGCCGGCGCGCCAGCUCUCGCAGUCCUUCAGCCUGCCGGUGGGCGGCGGCGGGGGUGCCGGGGCGGGCGCCGGGGGUCCGGUGACGGUGACGCCCAAGCAGUCGCUGCUGUGGGCCGUGCACUCGGUGCUGCACGAGCACAGCCGCUACAAGCGCGGCGCCGACUCCGAGUUCAAGGCGCUGGUGUGCGUGGCGCUCAACGAGCGGCGCCUGGUCUCCUGGAUCAACCUGCUAUGCAAGUCGGGCGCGCUGGUGGGGCCGUACUACCAGCCGUGGAGCUACAUGGCCCAGACGGGCUUCGAGGGCGCCCUGCGCAUCCUCGGCCGCCUCAGCCACCUCAAGUUCAGCCUGCCCGUCGAUCUGGCCGUGAGGCAGCUGAAGAACAUCAAGGACGCCUUCUGAAGCGGGAGAAGAUACCGGGUACCCGGGGAGACGACGGAGCCUCUUUCAGCUUUCUCGCCCCUUCUUCUCUCCCGCUCCCUCUCUCCACUCUUUCCCUCUCUUUCUCUCUGUCUCGCUGUCUCUCCCUCUAUCUCUAUCUCCUUGUAGUUCUCUCUUUGCCUUGCUGUGCUUUCCACCGACGUGCUCCUGUGUUAUUCCAACUGAAGAAAUGAUGCAGAAAAGAAAAGAAUGAGUUAGGGAGAAAAGGACGGAGGCAAAGAAAAGAUGGAGACCACAGGCGAUGGGGCCUUCACUGUUUGUCCAUUCAAACUAAUGAGAGAAGUGGGAGUCAUAAAUAUGCUGCAUUGCUAUUCCCUAGCAGGGACAUGUGUUACGAUAAAGCUUGUGUUAUCUAAUGUUACCUGCAGAAAAAUCAAACAUCCCUAAAAUGCUGGAAAGUUGUUACUUCUCCGUCUUUGCAGUGAUUUCUGCAUGAGUGCCCUGCAAAGCGGUCCAGACAAAUCGAAGUUACCAACACUAUGAUGCUUGAAUAAGUUGUCAGUGAAGUCCAUCAUAAUCAUGUGUGUAGUACUUUAUGUCCGAUAAACUGCUACUAUUAAUGGUGCAUAAAUGUUAUGCACUUUUGGAGUGUUGAAACUUUUUGCUGCAUGCCAUUGACAAUGAUUUGAAUGUUAAUGCCAAUUUUUAUCCUUCUCCUUAUGGAGAUUUAGUAUCAGUCUACUAUCAAAAAAUAUACAGUGUGUGUUCUUCAUACAUAACUGAAAAUACUCUCAAAAUUAAUCAUUUGACACUGUUACAUUGUGAAUUGUAUGUGUGUCUCUUGUAUUUAUACAGAACGUCUGUCGGCUUUAGUCAAUGAGUGGUCUCACCAUGGCGACUUGUUUUGAAAACCUCUCAAGAAUGCUGUUUGAGUGCCUAUUAGCAAGAAAAGAGCAGAGGAAACAUCCUGAUAAACCAGGACUGUUCACACAGAAACAUUAUAUGACGCUGUAACAGGUGUUAUUGGUAUAGGUGAGUCAUUGUUCACACGGCAAGUGAUGGCAGCUGUCACCCAAGACGUGGCAGUUUACUAUCUUAUGAAAUUGUCCCUGUGGAGAUCAAACUACAAGUAUCAUUAGUUACCAGACAGUAAGGGACCAAGUCACCAUGUUUCCUAGAGCUCAGUCGUUUGUCCCCUGAAUGUAGAAAAAAAGGAGGGAAAUACCUGCUGCAAACAUUACACCAUUAUAUUUUCAACUAUUUCUAAUUACCUAUAUCAUGUUAUGAAUAUAUGUCAAUUUGAAAUUGCUGGAUUUCUUCAUUUUUGUAAGCAGUUGAUGUCAUAUCCUCAACCAAAGUUGAGGAAAACAUUCUGAAACCUCAGUGGCUUUUAGUGAUCAAAAGGCCUGCUUGAAUCCUCCCUCAAGUGUCAACCUGCUGCUCAUGACCUUUUAAAGAAAGAGGCCAUUUUAGUUCAUAAUAAAAGAUAGAACUAUAUUUGUAUAAUCUAUGCUUAAGCUUCCAUUUUAUCAAUGGAAUAGGGGAAUGCUUUGUGGAAUGUUUCAAGGUGAAAUUGUUCUCUUUUGUUUGAUGAAGAGUGAUAUGUUCUGUAAUCUUUACACAUGAAAAAUAGGGUUGUCAAAGUGAACAGAACUGAAGUUCUGAAUGUACCAAAUUAUUUAUUCCCAAUCUAAUCAGGUAUAUUUGAUUUAUCUAUGUAGCAAAUUAGUGAUGUCUCUAUAGUUAACCCUUUUAUGAUAUUAAUUUACUGUAUUUGUUCAAAGGUUUUUUUCUCUUUUGUAGAUUCCUGAAAUUAUGUGUUUGUUUUGUAUUAUUUAUUUAUUUAUCUAUCAGCGAAUCACUUUAGAAGUAGUUAUUUUGGGAAACUUAAAUCUAUGUUUACCUGACAGCAAUUCAGUUACACACUUAUUUCACAGCAAGAUCUGUAGUGACUAUGUGAUUAUGUUGUUAAUUAUUUCUCAUUUGUGUUCUUAAAAAAUGAAUUUAGUGUUUAUUAGCACUCCUCUUGUACACAUCCAGUGUAAAUGAUCUACUGUUACUCCUCCGUGUAAAAUCUUGUUUUUACCCAUGUAAAAGAGACCAAAUAAACCCACCAGGAACGUGGCUGA